CCCUUUUCAUUGCUGUUUCUGGCUGUGCGCUGGACGAGCAUCUUUGGCUCUAGGAGAAGUGCACAUAGAAAACAGAGGGCUGCAGCUUUUUUACUAUAGGAAAUAAGGUAAUACUUGAAAGCAAACAGCUCAUAAAAUAUCACCUCCUGACUGAGAUGGUGAAGUCUGGUGAAGACAUUUAGUGCCAGAAGCUGUAGUGGCUGCAAAAGCCAAAUGAGCGCACUCCAUUGAAGUCUAUUGGCAGAAGAAUUUAACAAGGUCGCAAUAUCCGAAAUCCUGAAGUUAGCCUGCAUCGGGUUUCGCUUGUGCACUAAUUUAAUUUCAACUUGUAAGACCCGUGAUAACCUGUUAUAACCAGCCCGCUUUAAAAGUUUUCUUUCAGGUCUGUGUAACAGUUCUGCCUUCACCCAAAAUGUGCAUUAGAGAAUAAUGGAAGCUCCUGAAUACCUUGAUUUGGAUGAAAUUGAUUUUAGUGAUGAUAUAGCAUAUUCUAUAACAUCCCUCAAAACCAUUCCAGAGCUGUGCAGAAGAUGUGAUUCACAGAGUGACGAUAGAUCAGUUCCUAACACAAACUGGAGCUGUGGAGUGUCAGGUCUUAUUGGAAAUGCUCAAAAGCCAACAGGAAUUGCAGAUGUAUACAGUAAAUUUCGGCCUGUAAAAAGAGUUUCCCCAUUGAAACACCAACCAGAGAGUCCCCUAAACAAUGAAAGUGAUGAUCAAAAAGAAGAGAAAGAAGAAAAUAAAAAAAAUGUUGACUGCAACAUCCCUUGUAGCACUGAUAGAGUUCCUGGAGAUGAAGAAACUUUUAAAACCAAGAAUAUUGAACCAAGUGCUUUGCGUGGUGAGCUUGAGCAUUACGACUUGGAUAUGGAUGAGAUUUUGGAUGUGCCUUAUAUCAAAUCCAGCCAGCAGCUUACACUUUUUACUAAGGUGGCAUCAGAAAAGCGGAUGUCAAGCAUGUACCCAGUGUCCAAAGGAAAGAAUGGUCCUACUGGGAACCAAGAAAACUUGCCAGCCAGUGUCACACAGUACUGUGUAUUGUCCCCUGUUAAAAACUCUGCUCAGCCUAAUGUCCUUGAUCAGAAUAGGCAUUCAUCUGGAGGAUUAGAGCUUUCCCAAUCCAGCAUUCAGUGCAGCUCUGUUCAUGAACCUGAAUACCAGAACAAGAGCUUUCUCAAUAGGACACUAUCAGAUUCCCAUGCACCGAAGGUUGAAAAGACCGUGCCUAACUGCCAGCUCAGGGCUAUCCAUCUGCAGGCGACAGCCACAGACAGCCAACUAGAUGGAUUAAACGGUAAUUUGAACUGGAAUUAUUCAGAUGAAAAAGGUGAAGAUAUGAAGAAAAUUAGAAGUAUUUUAAAUAUUGUAAAAGAAGGACAGAUUUCAUUACUGCCACACAUUGCUGUUGAUAAUUUAGAUCAAAUUCAUGAUGAAAACGGGAAUAAUCUUUUGCACGUGGCAGCUUCCUAUGGGCAUGCAGAAUGCUUACAGCACCUCACUUCUUUGAUGGGAGAAGACUGCUUAAGUGAGAGGAAUGAAGAAAAGCUUACGCCAGCUGGCUUGGCAAUAAAGAGAGGCCAGCUGGAGUGUGUGCGGUGGAUGGUCAGUGAGACUGAAGCCAUUGCAGAACUAAGUUGCUCAAAAGAUCACCCAAGCCUUAUUCACUAUGCAGCUAGCUAUGGCCAGGAAAAAAUACUACUGUGGCUCCUCCAAUUCAUGCAAGAGCAGGGUAUUUCCUUGGAUGAAGUUGACAAAUCUGGGAACAGCGCUGUUCAUGUAGCAUCACAGCAUGGAUAUCUGGGGUGCAUACAGACAUUGGUUGAAUAUGGAGCAAAUGUGACCAUGCAGAAUCAUGCAGGAGAAAAGCCCUCUCAAAGUGCAGAACGACUUGGACACACCACAUGCUCAAGAUAUCUGGUGGUCGUUGAAACUUGCAUGUCACUGGCAUCUCAAGUUGUAAAACUAACAAAACAGCUGAAAGAGCAGACGGCAGAGCGAAUCACUUUACAAACACACCUUGAACAGCUACUGGAAGCCCAGAGAACAGAGGGCAGAUCCCUGCCAACAUCCCCCAGCUCACCCUCAUCCCCUGGUUCUGGCAAUCCUCAGUGGAAGACACUUGAAACUGAAGAUUUUUCUUCACAAAAAAGUAAACUGAAUGGAAUUCAGGAAAAUUACCAGGCACUUAGUGCAACAAUUCCUAGCCGCCUGCGCUGUCGAGCACUAGAUGAUGAAUCUGAUAAAAUUUUGCGCCAGUUACUAGGUAAAGACAUUGCUGAGAAUGUGUCUAUUAAUGAAAAAUUGUCACUGGAAUUUCAAGAUGGCCAAACAGCUCAAAAUGUGAAAAGAAAUCCACUAGAAAAGAGAGAAUUUAAAUUGGCACGUUUAAGACAACUAAUGCAAAGAUCUCUAAGUGAGUCUGAUACAGAUUCAAAUAAUUCAGAGGAUCAAAAGAGUACACCAAUCAGAAGGGUUGAAAAACCAAGGCCACAGCCAAUAGUAGAAAAUAUUGAAAACUCAGAAAAUCUUCAGCUAAUGAUAAAAAAGCAUACUCAGUCAAACAAUGCCCGUCGGUUUCCUUUUGGCUUAAAGUCAUCAAAAUCAGUGGAUGGUCAUAGUCCAUCCCCAACGUCUGAAAGCAGUGACCCAGAUAAUGAACCCCAUUACCAAACGGGAAGCUUACCUCAAUGUUUAGGAUCAACCGAGGCCUCUAGUAUUUCAGCAAACAGUACCUCCACACAAAAGACAACCAGCCCAAAAAGUGCCCUCAAGUCACCUUCUUCAAAACGCAGGACUUCACAAAAUCUGAAACUUCGAGUGACUUUUGAGGAGCCUGUGGUUCAGGUGGAACAGAUUGAGAUUGAACAGAAUGAAGAAAAGGACAAAGAUGGCAAAGCUGUUCAUAAAGUGUCUUCAAGUAGUGAAGCAGGGGACCAUCAAAAAAGACCUUUUGGAACAUUUCGAUCAAUCAUGGAAUCUUUUAGUGGAAACCAGAACAACAACAAUAACUGUCAGACUACAAAUUUAGCCAAGCCAUCUUCCUCUUUGUCCUUUACUUCAUUAGGAAGAAAGUCAGCUGACUCCAAGUCAAAUCUUGCAAGUAUAACAAAAGGAAAGCAUAAAACAGCAUAAUGCCAUAAAUGGAACAAUAAAGUCUUCAUUUGGUGAAGAGCUGGAUAUGCAAGAAUUCUUCCUCUAAUUUUAUUUCUUCAUUAACAAUGCCUAGAAUAUACCACCGAGAGGUUCACCAGCAAUAUUUUAGUUGUACUGUAAGCCUUCAAUUUAUACUGCCUUUUUUUUCCUAAGGGGAUGGAGAAUUAACAGUAAAAAUGUUUUGGUUUGUCAAACCCUAUAGAAGGUUUCCUUUUAUCUACUUACAUUUUUUUAUUGUUAAAUGAACAUCAUAUUCCCAAUUUUUAUAACAUUAAAGAGACAUGAAAUCUUUUUUCUUUCAUGAUUCAGAUAGAGCAUACAGUUUGAACCAACUUUACAAUUUACUUCUAUUAUCAACUUUGCUUCAUUCUUUUGUUAUCCUUUGUUGAAUGAGCAGCAAUGCACUACUGAGAGUUUGUUGAGCAAAUUGGGUGAGCCAAUGAUAAGAGGUAUAUAUAUAUAUAUAUAUAUAUAUAUACAAAUUGGGUGAGCCAAUGACAAGAGGUAUAUAUAUAUAUAUAUAUAUAUAUAUAUAUAUAUAUAUAUACAAAUUGGGUGAGCCAAUGAUAAGAGGUAUAUAUAUAUAUAUAUAUAUAUAUAUACAUAUUGGGUGAGCCAAUGACAAGAGGUAUAUAUAUAUAUAUAUAUAUAUAUAUAUAUAUGCAGCCCCAUUCAGCAGCUAGCUUCUAGUAGUGCAUUGUUGUCUGAGCCUACCUGGGUAUCAUCUUCAACAAAGGAUACCAAGGAAACAAAAUAAGUUGGAUAAUAUAAGUAAAAAUUAAAUUGAUGCAUAUAUAAAAUCACAUGCUCUAUCUGAAUCAUGAAAGUCUAAUUUUGACUUUACUGUCCCUUUAAUAAAAUCAUGGACAAUAACUUUUAAAAAAAAGUUUCUGGCAUUCAGAAUACCUAGACAACAGCAAAAUCACAGCAAGGACACUCGUAUUUAUGGAAAACUUUGGGGCUGUUUAAAUCAGGAAAAUCUAAAGCAUGGGAAUAACUGUAGAAAGCUAUAUUAUUGCAUUGUUAUAUAGUUACUGCUCAUGAUUUUUAAGAUCCCUUUAAGAUGGGAAGAACACUUGUUAUUAGUGUUGUAAAAAUCAUUAUCUUAUUUUUUUAUUUUAUUUUUUAUUUUAUUUUUUAUUUUGGAAAAAAAUAAAACAACUUUUUAUAGUAUUUAUUAAAGACAACAAAGUUGGUUCCAAAGCCACUGCAGCAUCAAAAUAUUUGUGUUUAAUAUGCAAUACAAUUGCUCUAGAAGAUAGAAAUUAAUGUUUGUAUCUGUUAUAAUAAAUACUCUUCUAGUUACAAGCACUUUAUAACCAUUCUUUCGAAAAAUCUGUGUUUUAGAUGGGUCUGUUAUAUGAUAUUUCAUUGUAACUUUUUAUGUGGUUGUCAAUGGUAAUUUGUAUCCACAUUUUAACUGAAAUGCUUUGAGUGCAGCUUAAAGUGACAGUGUACAUCAAUUUCCAUAUAUAUGUAAUAGACACUACUAAAGAAGAAUAUGCACAGAUACUGAUCUAAAAAUCAAGUAUAAAACCUUUUAAAAACGUACUUAAAAGCUCCCAGUUUAACACUGUUGAUGAGGUUAGGCUGGGACACCCAGUGAAUGGGCUGGGAAAAUAGAAAGAGCAGACACCCCCCCACUUCCCUGCAUAUGAAAAGACAGCUGACAUAAACAAAGGCAGCACGAAUCUGUAGACCUGGGUCUACAUCUGAUACUUUGGGGCUUGGAUAGGAGUCGGAAAAUCAGCACAAUGUUAUUAAAAAAUAAGCAAAACUAUACAUUAUUAUAAAAACACUCCCGGAUGAGCUAUAUAAAUGGAUCAUUGACAAAACAUUUAUGCAAAGAAAAAUCUAAUGUACAAUGCCCCUUUAAUUGAAUGUCCAAAUUUAAAUUUAAGAUUAUAUAUUUUGCUACUGGUACUUUGCAUUAGUUAAAAUGUAAAAAUGUGUUUCCUAUUAAUGUGUUUCUGAUGAUUUGUUAUACCAGUUGCAGAGUAUAAAAAGGUUUGUUUGGAUUUAUUUUUGUAUAUGAAAUAGCUAUUUCUGUUCAUUGAACGCACAACCCAGUAGAAUGGAUUGAGCUUUCAGGGAGACCAGGUCUCAUUAGCUUAUUUCUAAAUUAUUUAAAUAAAUUCCACUUUAUCUUAUCUCAAUACACACAGUGAGACAAAAAUGUUGGAAGAACAAUGGAAAAUUAACAUUUUAGUCUAUCUCUGUCCACAGCUCCCCACCACCACUACCACCGGGAGAGGGAUUUAUUUAUAUUUUGUUUACAUAACUUUUAUAUAACCAUAACUUAAGUACAGGUAGCCCUCAGUUUACACCGGGGUUAGGUUCCAGAAAGAAUGGUUGUAAUUCGAAACCGUUGUAAAUUGAAACCCAGUUAAUAAUGUAAGUCAGUGGGAAGUGAGGGAGUUAGGUUCCAGGCCCCUCUCAAAAUUGUCAUAAGUAACACCUAAUACAUUAUUUUUAAAGCUUUGAAAUUAAGACUUUAGAUGCUAAACAGCAUUAUAAACCUAAUAAAAUAACCACACAACACAGACUUUACUUGCAUUUUUCUGCAAACAGUUAUUUUUAUGCAUUCCAAUCUGGACUGAUUUAUAGACAGGAAGAUCUUAUUCCUUUGCAAGCUGCUCGAUAGCUCAGAUCUGGUUAAACUGAUUCAUUUCAUCUUGCUUGGCUUGCAUAUCUUUGCUGCAACACAAGCGGACAGCUCCACCUACUGGCUAUUUUAAUCAAUGCACUGCUUCUCAAUGCUUUUCAACAGCAGUCACAUGAUUGAAAAAAAGGUUGUUAUUCUGAAAUGGCUCAAAUUAAACCGUUGUAAACCGAGGGCCACCUGUAUUGUAAUAUUUAGUAUAGCUGGGAAUUACAACAGGCACAAACAGCUAUUUCAAAUGACAAAGUCAAUGUAAAGGAGCUAUUUGUAAACAAUUUAAUGCACCCACCCCAGCAGGUAAAAUGGAUGAUUGAAAACACAUUAAAGGAGAGAGAGAGAGAGAUAAAUCACAUCAGACUGUCACUUUAAAGUGCUCUUACAACAUAAUGGGACAAAGUAAUAAAACUGUAUUAUUCCCACAGAGUAUUGCUAUGUGAACAUGUCAAAAAGACAAUUCAGAAUUUAAAGGGACAUGAAACAUAAUUUUUUUUUUCUUCCAUGACUCAGAGAAAGCAUUAAAUUUUAAACAACUUUCCAAUUUAUUUCUAUCAUCUAAUUUGUUUUGUUCUCUUGGUAUCCUUAGUUUAAAAGCAUAUCUAGAUAGGCUAAGGAGCUGCUGAUUGGGGGCUGCACAUGUAUGCCUCAUGUUAUUGGCUCACCCAUGUGCAUUGCUGUUUCUUCAACAAAAGAUACUAAGAGAAGGAAGCCAAAUAGAUAAUAGAAGUAAAUUGGAAAGUUGUUUAAAAUCAUAUUCUCUAUCUAAAUCAUGAAAGAAAAAAAAUGGGUUUCAUGUCCCUUUAAUGUAGAAUUCAAAUAGAUUGUUGGUAUUAAUGAGCUCAAGGAUGUAAGACUGAAGAUUCAUAAGCCAUUAGAAGCUGAGAAGUCAACACAUAAAUAGAAAACAACUAAAUUCUUACAUUGGAGGGCGCUAAUACAGUAGGAGAAGAAUUACUGUGUUUAUUCACAUUCCGUUUCCAAUUUAAAUGUUUUUGGUGGGUUUUUAAACAUGCAAAAAAGAAUUCUACAAUGAACUCAAUUUUGUGCAGGUAUAUAAAUAAUUUAAUAUAAUAAAAAUAAAGCAUAAUUAGACUUUAUUUAAGUAGUUCCAACAUUACUAUAUAGUGAUGCAAUAAAUACACAUAAAAAAACAGAACAUAAGCUAAUGUACUGGUACAGACGGAACUGAGGUCUCUGUUCCUGACAAAACUUCCUUUGCAAUUUCAUCCAGAAAAUUCACUUUGGGAAAAAUUCAAAAAAUGGAUCAAAAGUGAAUUUAAAUUCUCUAAAUCUAUAAUUAUUUUUGCCAGAUGUUAUUUAAAAUAGUACUGGACAACCUAUAGGUGGGUGGUCACAUAAUGAUCCUUCUCCAAUGCUCAUAUAUCUUUCAAAAUGGGUGAUUUUAUUAAUUAGGCUGCCAGGAAGUUCGGAACAUACAUAUCAGUGUAUGCUACGGGCUGCCAGUAACACACAAGUGCAGUGUCACUUGCAGAAAAUAUCUGUAAUGCAUAGAGGUUUUGGAGGCCAAUCAGGUCUCAUUUAAAAUUAAACAUUUAAGUGUCCAGCAUUUAUGUACCUAAUAUAUAGGUAUAUGGUGUAAGAAAAUAAUUGUCUCCACAAUGAAUAUCAAAGUCCAAAUAUUUGCAUGUGUAUCGUGAACUUUAAUGUAGUGUUACUGUUUUUUUUAAGCUGUUCCAUUUAAUUCUCUUUAAAAUAGUGGUCUACAAAUAACAUGUUCAUUCUCUGCCUUCUCUCUUCACAUUGUUCCCUUAUGUUAAUUCUUGGAACCUUUAUUUUUCUUUUUGAACUUUAUUAAAUUUGUAAUAUGUUUGAACGUACGACCAAUCCUGUCCUCUCCUACCUCACUGUCUUUACUGAAAUGUGAUAGCAAUAAGUGCUAUGGUGCAUGUUCCCCCUUACAAGCCAGAUUUAAAGAACCAUUAAAGGGACACUGAACCCAAAUUUUUCUUUCGUGAUUCAGAUAGAGCAUGCAAUUUUGAGCAACUUUCUAAUUUACUCCUAUUAUCAAUUUACUCCUAUUAUCAACCCUGGACAGCACUUGCUUAUUGGUGGAUGAGUUUAUCCUCCAGUUAGAAAUUACAACCCAGGUUGUUCAUCAAAAAUGGGACGGCAUCUAAACUUACAUUCUUGCUUUUCAAAUAAAAAUACCAAGAGAAUGAAGAACAUUUGAUAAUAGUCGUAAAUUAGAAAGUUGCUUAAAAUUGCAUGCUCUAUCUGAAUCACAAAAGAAAAAAUUUGGGUUCAGUGUCCCUUUAAAUACAGGCAGAUUUCAUUAUCAACAAAUGUACAAUAAAAAAGACAAUGCAAUAACACUUUACACUACUUAUACUGAAUUUCAAAUGAUCAGUAAUUAUUUUUCUGAGAAUUUUCAAAGAUUGCUUCUAUUUCCCUGCCCACUGUAUCAUGUGAUAGCCAUCAGCCAAUUACAGCCGCAUAUUCGUAUACACUGUGAAAUCUUGCUGAUGCUUAAUAGCAACUGGUGCUUCAGAAAGUGUUCAAAUAAAAAGACAAAGCACAAAUUGAUCAUGGAAGUACAUACGUAAAGUUGUUUAAAACUGCAUGCUCUGUAUGAAUUAUUAAAGUUUAAUUUUGACUUUAGUGCCUAUUUAAAGAGGCGUCACAUAGAUAAAAUCCUGCUCAACCGGGUAAUGCAUUGAUUUUAUGGAAGCAGCUAGUGAGCUGCAGCGACAUUCGCAUAACGCCACAAAUUCCUGUGUUGCAGCUCUGAGCAGGAUUUUACCUUUGUGUUCAAUCCCAUUUGCAGGGGUUAAAUACUUAGGCCGCAUUUACAUUGUUGCAGAUAUCAGCAGUUAAAGUGCUAAUAAUGUUGGCUCUCAAGAUCCUGCAUUAUCUUCCAUCUUACACCAACAUAUUUUUGCAGUACAUUUUACCAGCUCGAGAAAAACUUGGCAGCUAUUAAGAGCAACUUCUAAAUGUUCUCCUUAGUUGCAGCUAUGCAAGACAUAAUAGCUUUUUGUAUUGGCCAUAGUUAGUGCGCAGGACUGAUAUUUACGCACAAAUUUGUAUUAAAUAUACAUAUAUGUGAUGUACCAUACACUUAAAGAGAGCUAUAUAAACUGUGAAAAAACAGUAAUCAUGACUGCAACAUCAAGACAUUGACGUUUAGCAAACCCGCUGUUAUAAUAUUUGUUUUAUUUCACACUCUCAUUUUUGGGAUUGUAAAGUAUUAUCAUCUUUAGGGAAGGGGCUUCUCUCGGCAAUUGCAUUGUCGUGGUCAGUAGUUAAGUAUUUGCUAUUCAGUCAUGUUUCUUUAAAAAAACACAAUUUUCUGUUAUAGAAACCCAGUUCUGUACAGUGAGAGUGCGGUUUCAAAAUCACGGUCUGUACUGGGAAUUCUGCAAUAUUGGACUAUAUUUAAAACCUUGUUACUUAGCAGUUUCACGAUUUACAGUAUGAGAAAUGUGAGAAUACUGUUUUACAAUAUAAGAAUAGUUGUGGCCUCUUUCUUCUACAAGAAAAUGAUUUCCCAUAAUGUUCUUAUUUUUAGAUGAAGCCAAAACACAAAUAUAGUCAUUGGGCACACAUGUUCAGUAUACCUGUCAUGUCUAUAUACAAAUGGCAUUCGGAUUGUUUAACACUUCUCAGGAUGGAUUCAGAUUGCAGAAGUUUAAUUUUACACAAGAUUAGACACCAUACAAAGGGAUUUGAUGUCAAGUAUACUUUCACAAUGAGGCCUAGUUUCCAUUGAGGUGGUAAAGUUUGGGAAUUUUUAUGUUACCUUAUCGUCUAGUAGUGAGAAACGUAGCUUUGAUAAGUGUUCAGCUGGGGGAAAACAAUGAUUUGUACAGUGCAAAUGUGGUGCUAAGUCUCAUUUAGGACCUGAUUGAUUGCAAAAGGAGAUGCAAAUGAUAAACAACAGAUGAGAUUUAAGAUUAGCGAAGAGAGAAAAUUGGGUCAAUGUAAACUCCUGAAAGACUUUAUAAAUGGUGAAAAGAAUUAUAUUUUCCAGCGGAUGAUAAUUCAUUAAUGGAAACUAUGUAAAUAUGGCCGUAACGUUCCAGUGUGAGUAGUGCAAAAAUCACUUGGUCUAAUGAGAGCGUUACAUUUGUGUACUACAAAGUUUCUUUAACAUUAGUUCAGUCAAAUAUAUUUUUUCAACAUUUAAAUGCAGCUUUUUCAUAUAUAUGAUAAUAUAUAUAUGUCCCUAUAAAUCUGGCCUGUUAAGGGUACUUGAGGACAAAAGUUUAAAAAUGCUAUCUUGUCUGAAAGUUACAAUAAUAUUGCCCCUGUAAAACUGCUUCAUAAACGUUUGUGAGACCAUAACUAAUUAUUUACUUCCCUUUGGUUUACAGACUGUAAUAUAUUAAGAAGAGAAAGAAAAUAUCCGUUUAUAGAUCCAUUGUUUCAUAUGUUCUUUCCCACAGUUAGAUUUUAUGGGAUAUUUAACGGUACAUCAAUCACCAAACAUUAAUAACCAUAGCAUGUGAAAAAAAACAAUUCUCUUUAGAUUUUGUUGGAAUAAACCAAGCUCUAUAAAUGCAGCCAAUAAAAAAAUGACACUGAUUUUAUCAAAAAAUAAUGUGUAUUAGAAAUAAGUAUUUAUGAGAAUAUUUUUCAUUUAACGUCACAACAUUUGAGAAAUAUGACAGUUAUAAUGCACAAAAAAUUUUAUGAGUUCAGUUAUUUUUCUUUUUUUUUUUAAUUCAAAAUGAAGGAUUUAUGAAAAAUUGACUGACCAUUUAUGUCUAGACUUAAUAAGCCUACCAUAAUGACCAAGGUAAUUGUAUUUCCUGUCUGGAAAAAGAUGAAAGAAAAUAAUUUGCCAUUAAAUUACAAUAAUUACUGUGUGAUAUGUUUGUGUGAGAAAAUAAUAUUUAUAAAGAUUUGCAUGGGAUAUGAACUAUAGGGUACUGUAUAUUUACUGUUUUUGGGUUGAUUUUUAUGACAUAACCUUUUUUUGUAUUUAAUGACAACAAGAUGCGUUGUUUUGACUUUUGAGCCUUUUUACACUAUAAUAAAAUGAAAAAUGUUUGCGUAAAAUAGACUAUUAGCCAGGAAACACUCGACUAAAUUGUAUUAUAAGCUGUCUCUAUUUUGCAUUGGUUGUUUCAUAUUAAUUAUGUGUGCACUCUCUCUUUCUCUAAGACUUAUUUUAUCAAUGAUGAGCACUUUUUUCUAUAAACUUUGGCACUGCCACUGUGGAUGUUUUUAAUGAUUGUACAUUUCUAAUGCGUAACAAUAAAAUGAACUUGUAGGUAA